CAGCAUCCCUGGUCCCAGUUGACUGUCAGCCGGCCGAGCCGGGGGUUGUUGCGUCGCGUCCCGUCCCGUCAGAACAGCAAGCCAACCCGUUGUCACACGUGCUUGUUGGAGCGUUUCCUGCGUCCAAGUUUCUCGUGUUGUGUUGUCGCGUCCCUUCGAGGAAGAAAUGGAGAAGGGACGGGAUUCUGCGAGCUCCGGCGAGGAAGAUGGCAGCGUCGGCCACGGCAGCGGCGUCGAAGACGAGGAGCACGAGGAGGCCGGAGCUGCCGGAGCCAACGCCAGCAGCGACGAGGACGGCGAUGAGCAGCACGCUGGUGAGGUUGAAGACGAAGGCGAGGACGAGAGCGAGGGAGAGGAACAUGACAGUGAGGGUGAUGGCGAGCGUGAGGAUGGCGAUGGUGGCACAGACGACCAAAAUGGCGAAGAGAUGGCGAACCUUGCCAUGUCCCCCAUUGAAAAGUCCCCCGUCAAAAGGGGCAGGGGUAGACCCCCGCGCGCUAAAGUUGCCCAGGUCGACGACGGUGCCAGUGAUGUUUCCGAUGAUGCUGGUCCACCUGUCAAAGCUAAAGGAAGAGCCAAGCAACCUGUCAAAGCCAAGCCGGUCAAGGAGAAGGCUGCUGCCGAAGCUAAGUCCAGGACCAAACGAACUGCAGUCAGUGCCAACGAAGAGACAUCCUCUGAAGCAGGACCUGCAAAAAAACCUCGAGCAGCCCCCAAGAAGAGAGGUGCUCAAAAGGACGCUGAUGCGGAAGAUGCGAAUGGGAAGCCCGGUAAGAAGACAACUGCCAGUAAGAAGAAUAGUCAAAAGGUCGAAGAAGAUUUGCAUGAUGCUGUUGAACCUACGAAACGAGGGAGAGGGCGACCCAAGAAGGAAGUUCAAGCAGACGAAGCGGAGAAACCAAAGAAAGAAGCUGAUGCACCUAAAAAGCGAAGAACAAAGAAGGAAAUUCUGGAAGAAGCCGCUCUAAAGGAGGGUGCUGCACCCAAGAAGCCUCAACAGCAAGAUCCUGAAGAUGCUGAUGUUCCUAAAAAGAAAGCACAGUCCAAGAAGGAAGAGACGGAAUCGAAAGCAUCUAAAAAGGGUCAAACGAAGAAGGAUGCCACAGAAAGUUUACCAGAGGCUGCUGAACCUAAGAAGAGAGGCCGACCAAAGAAAGUGGCUCAGGAGGAAGCUGAUGCCCCGGCACCACCGAAGAAAGGCCGAUCAAAGAAAGAAGUUCCAGAAGAGCCUGUGGUUGCGCCGCCUGCCAAAGCGAAAGCAACUCGAAAUGGCAAGACUAAGAUAGCCAUUGAGCACUGCAAAUCAUGACAAGUGUUUAAACGCCGUGCUGAUGAAGUAGUUAAUGCUCUUCGUCAGCAUUGCCCUGAGCUGGAAGCAGUGUACAACCCUGAGAAGCCUAGAAGGGGUGCAUUUGAAUUGCUUCUAGUUAGAGAUGAUGAGCCUGAUCUACUUUUAUGGAGCGGUAUCAAGAAGGGACCACCUCGCAAGGAGAAGUUUCCAGAUUUAGAAUUCAUUCAAGACCUUUUUAGUAAAGCUCUAAGUUCUGACAAUGCUAAGUGAACUGCUCUGUAUUGUUAGUAAUUCUUUGCUGGUUUGCACCAAUGUAUGACGUGAAUUAGGUAAAUGCUAAGGCACCCUACUUUACUGAGAUUUUUGUUGUAGACCAGGGGAGAAACUGUACUGAAAGGUGCUACUGCCUCACAUUAAUUUUACUUUCUGUACCAACUCUAUCAUUAUUUUAAUUUUAUUUACUUUUACAGUAGGAUUUGAGUUUCUUAUUUAAUUUUAAGUUUUGUUACGUGUGUUUCACCUUUCCAAUAAAUGUAAUCUUUCAACUUUCAA